AUGAAGAUGAAGAACAAGAGAACUUGCCUCAAAUCUAUGAAGAAGAAGAAGAAUAACAGAACUUGUAUCAAAUCUUCAGAACCUGAUUUUUACUUACCAGAUGAUUGCUGGGAGCAUGUCUUCUCAUUCAUCAUCAAUCCAGUCGACGGCACUCAAGACUUUAAAUCACUAUCUCUCGUCUCUAAACAAUUCCUCUCCAUCACCAACCGUCUCAUAUUCUCUAUGAAAAUUGAUCAUCUUCAUCGUUGUUAUCUCUCUCGUUUCUUCCAUAGAUUCUCCAACCUUAAUUCCCUUGACCUCUCCUUCGGCUACCGUGAUCUCGAUGCCGCCAUUGCUCUGGCUCUCCGCGACAGACCAUCAUUAAAAUCUUUAUCUAUUUCCAGGAUUGACCUAACUCAUGCAAACUACAUUAAUUCAUAUUACAUUGAUUCUUUCGUGAGUUUGAAGGGUUUGACUUCUCUUAAGUUCAUCUGGUCUGACAUCCCUGAUAAUUUGCUUUACUCUAUUGCAAGAGAAGGUCUUCGUUUGAAGACUUUUGUUCUUGAAGAUUGUUACGGCUAUAGUUACCAUGGAAUUUAUGAUUUAUUAUCCAAGUGUCACGGGAUACAAUAUUUGGGUCUUCAUGGGGUUGAUUUUCUAACUAAUCAUCAAUUUUCCCAAUUGUCGUUGCUUAUUCCUGACUUGAUAUCUAUAAAUCUUAAUCAUUGUUUCAAACUAACAGAAUCAGCUUUGUUUGCACUCAUUAAAAACUGUCAUUCACUUGCUGAGAUCACAAUGGAACGCAUAUAUAUUGAAAGAGAAAAUUAUGAUACUUCUAAAGAUUUUGAUGUCAACCCUCAAUUAAAGUUUCUAAAUUUGGCUAACAAUUCACUUAUAAAUGAUGAUAUCAUCCUAUUGUUUGCUUCCAUUUUUCCCAAUUUGCGGUUUCUUGAUUUGAGUUAUUGCUAUGAUAUUUCUGAAAAAAGUAUUUGCCAAGUUCUAAGUAAAUGUUGCAAGGUUAGAUAUCUAAACUUGACCAACUGUAACGAAGUGAGACGACUUAAAAUGAACUUUGUAGUUCAUCAACUAGAGGUGUUGAACUUGUCUGGUACAAGGGUUAAUGAUAAAACACUCUAUGAGAUUUCAAAGAGUUGUUGUGGACUUUUGAAACUAUUAUUAAGACACUGUAAAUAUGUCACGGAAAAAGGAGUCAUGCGUGUGGUUGAAAAAUGCAAACAAUUGAAAGAGAUCUAUUUGAGAGGUUGUGAUAAAGUGAAUGUUGAUGCUAUGAAGAUCUCAAUGCUUUCAUCAAAUCCAUCAUUAGAAAAAGACGAUUGCUCCGAUUUUGCUGGAGUUCGAUUGAAGUUUUGA